GCAAUCGCGACUGUGUACUUACAUAUGUACACCAGGGUAAGGCGAAGCGACGACUUGGGUCUGAGGAAGAUCCAAGAGUGCUCGUUCUCAUCGACCCUGGGCUUCCGUCGGCGCGCGGAACGUCAACGUCUUGAGCUGCUUGCCCGUUACCAACCCGGUGCUUCUCUCGAGCCUUCUCCUCGGCGGCCUCGACCUCCCGUCUCACCCUCACAACUUCUUGCGCCGAGCGAAUACGUUUCUCCCAAUCAUUCUGUGGGUUUUCAUAGGACAGCGCCAAUGCUCUCAAUAGAAUCGUGUCAGCUGAGACUGAGUGGCCCAUGCACCACAGACGCCGGCGACCGAUUCCGAUUCCGAUGACAUUGAUGGAACGCAUAGUCGACACAUACGCUCCGAAGCACCAGGAGCCCUUCCCUUACGGCUUGCCCUGAACAGUGCUCUCGUCAUCAUGAAACGCGAAGCCGGCACCGGACUUCGUCCUUCGUCCCGGAGCCGACUGCAGUCUACAUAUGGCUCGAUGACGAGGACCUCUUCUUCUCUGGUCAGCCGGCUGCGUCAUCCCAACGAGCAUGUGUCCUACUAGUACCCGACCCCUUUACGCUGCGGUCGAGGCCAGCAAUGGCCGCACGGGCCCGGAACUCGCAUGGCGGUCCAUGCGCUGAACCCAAAUUAGAACGAUUACCGGACCUGCGAACACGUUCGUAUGAUAGGGUUCGACGUGACCCAUUCGGCGGUGACUCGGCGUUACUUGAAAUGCAAGAACGGCCCAGGCGUUCAAAAGAGAGAUUCAAAGCGGUAGAGUGCCAAGCCUCGGAAUAUUCGCUGUCAGCCGACGCUCAUAGCCAAAAAAAAUUGGCAGUGCUUAAUUGACGCGCGUCGCGCUGGAUGUGUGUGUGAUGAGAAUACCACGUGCUCCCAGCUGUUUGUAUGCGGGUCCGUCGGCCCGGCGGCGGACGUCGGCGUGUCAAAAAUUUCAAGCAUCGAAGCUCGAUCUGUGGUUACGAACAGAUCCCGGAUCAUGAUCAUACUCAUCAAUGCCCGCACCAUCGAUUCGAUAGGCGUGGCCCUGCUGCAAGCUCGCUUUGCUCUCUCGGUCUCGUUCAUCAGCUCGUUCCGUUGUUUCGACCUCCACGCUUCGGAUGCGCCAUGAGCCACGGGAGGAUGAAGCAGGUGGAGUCAAUACUUAUUUAUAAAGUAAGUGCUCGGUGCUUUUGCAUCGCGCAUCGCCCUCGUGGCUCUUGGCUCCUCUCGGACGCUGUCACCGAGGCGGGACUCGAUACGAAGAUUUGUUUCGGUUCCUGACCCGAGAAUCGAAUGGAUUUCGCUUAAAUGGAGUCGAAAAUUGCGAAGCUGGUCCUCCAACCCGCUCCCGUCUCUCUCUCCUCUCCUCUGCCAUGUUCGCCAAGAUCUCCGCUGCCCUGCUGCUCCUCGCCCACUUCGCGGCUGCCGUGCCCGUCGAGAACGCCUUGGAGGCCCGGGCCGUCGACACGUCCUCGCACUGCGGCCAAUACGACAGCGUCCAGGCGUACCCCUACAUUCUCUACCUGAACCAGUGGGGAAUCGGGAAGGGCAUCUCCGGCUCUGACUGCGCGCACGUCCAGUCGCUGAACAAGGCCGUCAUCUCGUGGGCGACGACCUGGUCCUGGACCGGCGGUAGCGGCAUCAAGAGCUACACGACCAUCGGGCUGCAGAAGGGCGUCAACCAGCCGAUCUCGUCCAUCCACAAGAUCGCGUCGUUCUGGAACUGGCAGCAGGACAAGACGGGCGUCGUCGCCGACGUCGCGUACGACAUGUUCACCUCCACCUCGGCCGGUGGCAAGAACGUCAACGAGAUCAUGAUCUGGCUCGCGAACUUCAACUCCGGCCCGAUCUCGUUCCACUGGACCGCGCAGGGCCAGGCGAUCCCCAUCGCCACCGGCCUGUCCUUUGCGGGGCACACGUGGAACCUGUACUACGGCAACAACGGCUCGAACGACGUCUACUCUUUCCUGCCCACCUCCGGGACUAUCACUGGCUUCAGCGGCGAUCUGUACACGUUCUUGCAGUACCUCACUUCGCACGGGCACUUCUCUGCUUCCCAGUACCUUACCGUCCUCCAGGCCGGCACCGAGGCCACCUCCGGCUCGGCGACCUUCACCACCAACUCUUACAGCACGAUCAUCGCCUAGGCACUUGACGGGUUGUCUGUCUCGUAUGUGUAGCAUGCCACACUCCUUUACCAAUCAGGUUAUUACUUAGUACCUCCUUUAUCGUUUGACGGAGCACCGUGCUCCUUUUUCUACAAUAACUAGCACAAUCGUCUAAUAUCAUUGCGCGGCUUAUCAAUAACUUCUCUCUCCCGCAUUGAAUAUUGAACGCGACUUGUAGCAUCCAGAACCCACUCUUCCCAUUCCACAUAUGGAUCUUGGGACUUAUUCGGGUGUUCCCAUAACGAAACUCGUGGGCCAUUCCAUGAACGGAUUUUCCCGGCCCACCAAUGUCCCUUGUUAUAAUUGAUACAAACAUGAAUCCAGACUUGAUGAUGUACAGAUGCUAUUGAUGUUCUUUACUUUCAU